AUAACAUUCACAGACGUAAUGAGUUGUAAUGGAGUGGAAGGAAGUCACUUCGUUCUUCGUCGUCCUUCUGUGCCGUUUUAUACUCUUUCUCUUCAUAAUAGUCCUAUCCUUGCUCAUUCUUGGUAUUCCAAACGUUAACACAUGCUUUUUAACGGUGAGUAUGUUAAAAUCAUUUCUUCUUCAAAGAGCUGAAUGUAGCGGGUUCAUUGUAUGAAAGUGGUUAUAAUUCAAAUACCCAAGCCCGCGAUUAGUCAGUAAUCAUUUGAGAUUUCGCUCAACUACGAGACCAUCGAAAACCAAACAUUCACGGCAUGAUAAAGCAGUCUGUUAUUUGUAACUUUUGAAUAAUCCAUGGAUCCAAGUUUUAUUAAGAGCCAUUUUUCGUGUCGUCACGCAACGUUCUUGAGUACGCGUGACGACGCAAAGAACUGCCAGAAGGCAAAAGAGUAGAGAUAACCUGAGUUCAGCUGCCCCCUCCCCUCAGCAAAAAACGAGCAUCUGAGCAUCCGGAACCCAUAACCCGCGAGAACUAAUGACGAAAGGUCACGUUAUGUGUACAAUCAUUUAUUUAUUUAUUUAUUUAUUUAUUUAUUUAUUUAUUUAUUUAUUUAUUUAUUUAUUUAUUUAUUUAUUUAUUUAUUUAUUUACUGUAUUUAUUUAUUUUAGAGUCAAACUCUACUAACAUAUCCUUUCUACCACGACCACCUCUCCACGUCGGCCUUUUGAUUUAAUCCCAGGAGAUAGUUCCUACCAGCGGGGGAAGAGGUACCCCAGUGGUUCUUACGUUUAUUGUCGUUGCAACCUCUCUAAAACGUAUCGGCCAUCCCUCCACUACAAAGACGAACAGUACUAAAGAAAAAAACCGUACUCCCAGCAGCGGAAGAUAGAACGGCCAUUUACUGAAUAAGAAGUGCUCACUAUGUUUUGUAAACAUUUUUAGUUAUUCUUGUUUCAUUGAUUUGAUAUACAGUAAAAAUCAGCGUAUAAGAACGUAAGUUUUUUCAAGCAAGGCUAAGAGGGUCUUAUAAAAAUGGUGCAAACUGGAAAAUUAGGAUACUCAGGUUCUUAAAGAGGUUCUGAUAUUAAAAAUAAAUAAGGUGUUUGUCAUUGGUGGAUGUGGCCCAUUUUGGGACUAUUUUUUGUAUUGCAUGCAUAAUAUGUUAUAAAAGUUCCUUUAAUCCAAGCAUGUUAAAGCCAUUAAUGAAGUUUAUAUAAAGCUAUGUAAGUCAAAUAGCACUUUGUCGCUGCGUGGCCAAACAUGUUACUUCUCAAAACAACAACCUGUUUAAAAAUUGUAGUCCAAAAGAGGUUCUUAUGUAAACGGGGGUCUAAAUGGACAAUCUUAGCCUAACAGGUUCUUAAAAUCUAGGUUCCUUUAGGCAGAUUUUUACUGUAUUUUUUCGUGCUACCAUGAGCAUUUUUGUGAUGAAACAUAUUCGUCAUACUGCACCUUCUCAUACUGACCACUUCUGUCCCCAAGGAGGCCGUUGUAGAGUGGUUAUGUAUCGGUCAAAUCGAAGCUUCAACAUGCCCCCCCCCCCCCCGGGCAUACCCCGGGCAUUUGACACCUUUGCCGUCCCGGGGAGGAGGGAAUUUGAUUAUCAGAGUCUUCCAGGGGGUGGGGAAUUUGAUCUCCAUGCUUUAGGGGUGGGGAAUUUGAACUGCACCUUCGAUUUCAUGUAAAAUCUUUGGCGUGGCGAGCUUUCAUGGGGGACGCGGUGUUAGGGGAUUUUCGUGGAAAAGAUUGUGCCUUUGUGGCCAAUUUGUUGCGAGGAAAGGGCUUAAACAAGCUUUGUGCCGUAUUUGAAGUAUUAAAAUUUUAAAAUUUUUAAUAUUGGAUUCAGGCUUUGAAUGUAUGAAUGUAUUUUAUUGUUGUGUUUACAAUGAAAGACAAUACCUAUAUCGGCGAUUCAAUACAACAACAUAAAAUAAAAUAAGAUAAAAAGCUCAGGUCAACUACUUUGACCUACUGCAAGUAUGUUAAUAAGGUGAACGAUGAUGCAUGUCAGUGAAAUGGUCAUGAUGUAGUUAUCUCAAUAGGUGGGAUCUUUUUUAUAGGACACUUUGUAUGUUGUAUGACGAAGAAAAGCUGAGCAUUCAGUGACCUUGUAGCAGCGAUUUCCGCCGCUUUGCACGAGACUUUUGUUCGUAGUAAAUACGCUAACAGUGUUUCUCAGUUUUUGUUAUAUUUAUAAAUAUUUUGUUCGACAACUGAAGGUGUUUCCGCCUUCCUUCUGUCAUUUUUUGCCUGUGAAAUGUCCCCGGGGUGGGGGCAUUUGAUCACCUGAAUGGACCCUAGUGUGGGGCAUUGGAACGGCAUUUUGGCCCGGCUAGGGGGGAAUUUGAACAAUAAUUUUCAGAAAAGUCAAAUGCCCGGGGGGUUGCCCGGGGGGGGGGGGCAUGUUGAAGCUUCGAUUUGACCGAUACAUUAUGGUGUUUAUGAACAUGCUUGUGUCUGUGUCUUGCCUUGGAUUUCAGGUGUUCAUGGCUUUCAUCAUUCCUUUACCGCCAAACUCAAUUUUAGUUGAUCCAAUUCAUUGCAUGUUGUCGAAAUUCAGCCAGGCUUUGAGGUUAGUAAAGUUAACUUCGAUUCACGAAUAUUAUCCUCAACGCUAGCCAAUUGUUUUAAUAUAGACAUGGUUUGACAGAAUGAUGAAAUAAGGCUUAUUCUAUUUUGCGAAACGAAACGAAACGAAACGAAACAAAAUAUAUAGGAAUUAGGAGAGGGAGAAAAAAAUGCUUAUUAACCUAAACACAGCUUAAGACAACAUUGACAAUGUGUUUGGAAGUAAUAGUUAACGAAAAAUGACGGAAUUUUACCUUUUUCGCAAAGUAGAAAUUUCAAUACAAUUACUAUUUUGCGAAAUGGCGUUUUUCAGCUUUAUUUAGCAAAUAUGUCCUUUUCGUCUGAAACAAAUUGUGUCCGCCGAUAAAAUGAUUAAUAUUUCGAAGAGUCUGGGGACUUCUCAUGUUAUUGACCGUGCUAGAACUCAUUUCGCAAAGUAGUAAUUUUUCCAGAAUUACUAUUUUGCGAAAUGGCGUUUUUUACCUAUUUUCCCCCGAUAUUUAGCAAAUAGGUCGUUCUCGUCCGAAAAAAAAUUGUAUCCACCAAUAAAUUGAUUAAUAUUUUAGAGAGUCUGGGCACCUCUCAUUUUAUUGCCGUACUAGAACUUCUUUCGCAAAGUAGUAAUUUUGCCACAAGUACUAUUUUGCGAAAUGGCAUUUUUUCACCUAUAUUUAGCAAAUAUGUCCUUCUCGACCGUAACAAAUUAUAUCCACAAAUAAAAUGAUUAAUAUUUCAAAGAGUGUGGGCACCUCUCAUUUUACUGGCCGUACUAGAGCUCAUUUCGCGAAGUGGUAAUUUUGCCAGAAUUUAAUAUUUUGCGAAAUGAGCUGUUUGUCGUCCUUUAAAUUUGUUUUCUUACCAUAGAAAUAAGUGUAAACAUAAAACUACUGAUCAAUUCCUAAAGACUCUGGAGACUUCUCAUUUUAUUUUUAGAACUCAUUAUUAAGUGCACUCAGCAAAAUCCACCAAUCACAGAAGUUAUCCCAAUAACCAUAGCAACAACCACAUACCCUAGUAAACUGGGAAUUCUCCAAAAUGGACGAAUUUGUGACAUUAGACUGUGUCUCUCAGAGACAAAUUGGGGAAAGUUUCCCUAAUUUUGGAUAAUUGGUGUUAAAAGCUCUUUUUUUCACCAAAAAACUGGAUGCAUUUAUUUUCUGGGAAAUUGCAAUGGUUACGAUUAAUUGGUACCAGGUCUUUAUGUCGUCCAUUUCGGUAAUCACUCGUAUGAUUACAGACCGAGUUGGACUCUACUCAGUCCUAUUACCGUUAUUAAAAAGUCGUAUUUAAAAGUCAUUUCAAAAUGUUGUAAUUUUGCAAGAAAUUAUUACUAUUCUGCGAAGCUAGCAAUUUUCACCUUUGCCGAAACAGGGCAUUCGUUUUCGUAUGAUCAUAAAUUGAUCAAAAAUAAAACAAUGUACAUUUGUACAUCUAUGCUAUAACCCCAAACCAAAUUAAUGCUAACGACUUACUGAAAUUUAAAAAGUUUAUAUUAUUUAAGUCGUUCCAUUAAAAAACUAAUAUAUCACAUUAUCAAAAAGUAUAAUCAAAAGAAAUUUCUGAUUUCAGUUAAAGAUUAAAAUAAGGGUUCUCAGUUCCCCGUUCUUAGUAAUUUGAUUAAAGUAUUCCAAAAAGUUAACCAGACUCAAAUAACUAAUUUUGGAUGUAUUAUGUGAUACGUAUAGUAGGAUGUUAUUUUUAUCAAACCAGUUACUUUUUUGGGAUAAAUUAUUCCCUUGAUCCUAUCAGCAGCAUUUACUAUUACGAUAAUCAUCUUAUUAUGUGCGCCAUUUUCGUUUAUGGCACGGUACUGAAAUAAAUCAUGAGAAAGAAAAUAAAUAACCUGGGAAAUACAAAUAUGCGUGCCUCACCUCACCACCAAAUAUCACCAGCUAAUAUAAAACUCAUUUUUGUUGCUGUUGUUGUUGUGAAAAUGUACUGGGAAUAAGGAACAGGGCCUAACGAGGAGCCUUUGAAGCUAUAGAGCGUCCAUCUCGUAAUCGGUAAUAGGCCCAAUGUCAUUGCAAGUUAAUUUUUAGACCAUCUAUAAUCCGCGCGCAAAAAAAAAAAAAGUAAAUAUUGGGGGGAAAAGGUUAAAAAACGCCAUUCGCAAAAUAGUAAUUCUGGAAAAAUUACUACUUUGCGAAAUGAGUUCUAGUACGGCUAAUAAAAUGAGAAGUCACCAGACUCUUCGAAAUAUUAAUAAUUUUAUUGGUGGACACAAUUUGUUUCAGACGAAAAGGACAUAAUUGCUAAAUAUAGGUGAAAAAACGCCAUUUCGCAAAAUAGUAAUUCUGGAAAAAUUACUACUUUGCGAAAUGAGUUCUAGCACGGUCAAUAACAUGAGAAGUCCCCAGACUCUUCGAAAUAUUAAUCAUUUUAUUGGUGGACACAAUUUGUCUCAGACGAAAAGGACAUAUUUGCUAAAUAAAGCUGAAAAACGCCAUUUCGCAAAAUAGUAAUUGUAUUGAAAUUACUACUUUGCGAAAAAGGUAAGAAUCCGUCAUUUUUCGUUAACUAUUACUUCCAAACACAUUGUCAAUGUUGUCUUAAACUGUGUUUAGGUUAAUAAGCAUUUUUUCUCCCUCUCCCAUAUAUUUCGUUUCAUUUCGUUUCGUUUCGCAAAAUAGAAUAAGCCAUGAAAUAAUGCUGAAUUUUGUGGUAAAAGCAGCAAACUUUGCACAGUUUAUGGCAUAGGGAAAAAUAGAGCUCAAUGGGAGUAGGUUCAUCUUCAACCAUCAUGAUAUUCCUGCGUGGAAACGAAGCCGACGCAAAAUAUUCGUAAUAACACCAAUCUAUAUCGUCUUUUCAAUAUCGUAAACGUACUCAUCUUCGCGCUGACUUAGCAGUGAUAAACAAAAAGCAUAAAAAACAGUGCAAGCAAACACUGUCACGUAGUCAUGCAGUAAUCGUGAUGCUUUUUAAGACCUUAAGUUUAUACACUUGAGGGUUUUCUAAUUCUCUACUGUAGAUUCAAGAAUCCACGCUCUGCUCCUAUGACAACUGUGACUUUCAGUUUGUUCAAUCAACAGAGCUUACACAGCGUAUGCAGUAGUGCUCACCGAAGUACAAAGGGUAACUUUCAUCACCAUACCCCAUUAUUUAUUGAGUGUAGUUUCGCAUGGCCGGCUGGAAUGUAUUCUACGUUACUUUGUGCAUCAUAUCAGGUAAGUUUUUUAACUCACCUCUUAAAAUCCUAGGCGAGCAUCUAUCAAUUAUCUCCACCGACAGACUAUUUACAGUCCCCUAUUUUCCCGGGGAGGCGCUCCAAAACAGAAUAAACCGGCCACUAAAAACUGUACAGCUACUGAAUUGAAGUGGUUCUAAAUGACCGCUUGAGCUUUAAAAUGCAUGCUAUGAUUAGCUUUUGGAAAUUUCACUCGUUUGACAGCGGUCAAAAGAGGAGAGACCUAUUUUGCUGCUCCCCAUUCCCCUCACGACCUCGCCUACUGCGAUCUUUGCUCUCCCCAUAUCUCUUAGAUCUUAUGUAUCGGUCAAAUCGAAGCUUCAACAUGCCCCCCCCCGGGCAACCCCCGGGCAUUUGACUUUUCUGAAAAUUAUUGUUCAAAUUCCCCCCUAGCCGGGCCAAAAUGCCGUUCCAAUGCCCCACACUAGGGUCCAUUCAGGUGAUCAAAUGCCCCCACCCCGGGGACAUUUCACAGGCAAAAAAUGACAGAAGGAAGGCGGAAACACCUUCAGUUGUCGAACAAAAUAUUUAUAAAUAUAACAAAAACUGAGAAACACUGUUAGCGUAUUUACUACGAACAAAAGUCUCGUGCAAAGCGGCGGAAAUCGCUGCUACAAGGUCACUGAAUGCUCAGCUUUUCUUCGUCAUACAACAUACAAAGGGUCCUAUAAAAAAGAUCCCACCUAUUGAGAUAACUACAUCAUGACCAUUUCACUGACAUGCAUCAUCGUUCACCUUAUUAACAUACUUGCAGUAGGUCAAAGUAGUUGACCUGAGCUUUUUAUCUUAUUUUAUUUUAUGUUGUUGUAUUGAAUCGCCGAUAUAGGUAUUGUCUUUCAUUAUAAACACAACAAUAAAAUACAUUCAUACAUUCAAAGCCUGAAUCCAAUAUUAAAAAUUUUAAAAUUUAAAUACUUCAAAUACGGCACAAAGCUUGUUUAAGCCCUUUCCUCGCAACAAAUUGGCCACAAAGGCACAAUCUUUUCCACAAAAAUCCCCUAACACCGCGUCCCCCAUGAAAGCUCGCCACGCCAAAGAUUUUACAUGCAAUCGAAGGUGCAGUUCAAAUUCCCCACCCCUAAAGCAUGGAGAUCAAAUUCCCCACCCCCUGGAAGACUCUGAUAAUCAAAUUCCCUCCUCCCCGGGACGGCAAAGGUGUCAAAUGCCCGGGGUAUGCCCGGGGGGGGGGCAUGUUGAAGCUUCGAUUUGACCGAUACAUUAACAUGUUCUUAAAAAGUUUUGACACGUAAUAGCAUGUUCAGGAAAAUCUUAACAUCCGUUUAAUGUGAAGGCCAUUAAACACCCUUCUUCUGCAUUAUUCAGCAUCCUCUUUCUGAUAUAAAACAAAGGUUUGUUCCCUCGUUUAUUUUUCUUUUUAAGAUUUACAAUACCUCAGAUGGCUUCCAAAAUUACCGCGACUUUGGUUGCUCUGAUGUUACCAUAUCUACGGCUUUUGGGUAAAAUUAUCAGAAUGAUCCUUGCAGGAUUGUGGUAUGUAUGCUACAUAAAACUUAACUUGCCGCCUAGGCGAGCGCACGCAAGAAAAACUCGGGGCUACGUGAGACCAGACAUGACGUAAACUCGUCCACGGUUUUUCUUUCGUGGUGGCGUUCUCAAACUUCCGUGGUUUUUCCUUUACUUACCUGUUUAAUUAGAGUCAAAAUUAAUAAACACAGAGUUUCUUUACACACAACAAGAGAGUGGUAGAGCCUGGUUAUACUAUUCAAUAACGCUGCAAAAACAUUGAAGGCCAUUUGUAAGGUUUGAGAUUAUCAAUAGUCGUUUUUCCAACGCUAAAAGUGUUAUUGUUACCACUAUUUCUUUUUAACUCCAUGCAGCUUUCUUGCAAAUAUUAUGGUACGAGUUCUGGCACAUUUAGCGUGGACGUCAUGGUCGCUUUUCAAAAUGGUUUCAUUUAGGAUGAUUCUUUUUCUAAGGUAAACGUCAUUUUACAGUUGACACUCAAAGUUCAUAAAUUUAGAUUAGAUGAAGGAUUUAUCUUUUGAAACUUCAUUCUGAUUGCUUUAAGGUAAUUGUGAGGAGCGAGACGUUUAACCAUCAGGGUAUAAUCUUCAAUGAUGAUCCCAUGAAACCAACAAGCCACUAUAGUGUAUCAAUAAAUUAUCGAUAGCAUAUCGGAUCUUCCAAGGUUUACGGCGCAAAAAUCUUUACUUUAGUCUCUGUUCCCUUUAUAAUGUAUAUAUUUGACUGGUACUGGCUUCCUGUAGUGACCAUAUGGGCUGGAAUCAGGAGCCAGGCAGCCAGUUGAUGUUUAGCAUUAAAUCACUUACAGGUCGGGUAAUUGGCCCAAACUCACAUAAAAAGUACAGACACACACAAAGGUAGAGAAAUGGUAAAAUAGGACACAAGAAAAUUGAAUAACGAUCAGCAAUUAUCACUUGCUGCAUUAACUCGAAAUUAUUUGGCAAACACAUUUUUCAGCCCCACCACCCUCUCCCAAUUUGAGAUCCCUCCAGCGUGAUUAUCAGCUAUAUUGAUAUUAUACUCCACUUUAGCUUUAUUUCAAGGCUUAUGAUGCGAGUGUUAGCACAUCUUCGAGUAUGGACAACUUGUUUGAUUUACAGACUGUUUCCUGUGAGGUUGAUUCGAUUUCUAAGGUAAAGUAUAAAAUACUAGUCGGCAGCUUUUAGUGAAAAAAGUUAGGUACAAACCAUUAAUUUGCCGCCCAUUUUGUUUGGGGGGAGGUGGGAGUGAGGUGGGGGGGGGGGGGGGAGGGGGGGGGGGACUUUUCGGGCAAACCUUUUUUUUUCGCCAAAAAAAAAGGUUGAACAUAUUUUUCUUUAAAAAACGUGAUACUUUUUUUUUCUUUCUUCAAAGGGGGGUUUUGUUUUUUUUCAACAUUUUUAAAUUGUUUUUUUUAGCGUUAUUUUUUUUUUUUUGAUGGUUUUGUAGGGGGUUUUUAGCACUUUUUGGGGGUAUUGUAUUUUUUUUUUUUUGUUAUGGUUUCUUUGUGGAUUUUAUUUAUUAUGAAAGGAAAAAAAAAAAAAAUAGGGGGGGGUUUUUGAGAAAAAAAAUUUGAGGAUAACACUAUUUGGUCCGCCGUUUUUGGUGGGGGGGGGGGGGGGGGGGGGGGGGGGGGGGGGGGGGGAAGAGAGGCGUGACAUUUCAGACUAACCAUUAAUUCUGCCUAAAAAUAACAGUUGAACGUAAUUUUCUCUCAAAACAGCUGAUACUUUUCUUACUUUCUUCAAAGAGGGGUUGUCUUUCUUGCUAAGCAUUUUAAAAUAGGUUUUAUAGCAGUUUUGCCCCGAAUAUGUGCCGCCCUCAAAAAACCUGAGAUCCUAAAACUUAAAUUAAGCCAUGUUUCUGAGGGGCUUUCCCCAGUAGAAUAAAAAAGGCAGAUUUAAUCGCUCUUUUCAAGUCGCGAGGCCCAAAAGCGCCGGCGUGAAGUUUUCGCGCAAAGCGUGGGAUUAGCCUCAGCUCUCCCCAUUAUUAUUCUCACUUUCACACUCGCUCCAUACGGCCGCUCUUUUACAGCUUAUCUUUCCAGUUUUUUCUGUUCGUCUUUUUUUGUUGCAGGAAAGCUUCUGGUAUGUUUUUCGUCGUUGGCAUUGCGGCUCUGUGUGCCCCUGGCCUCGAACCACUACCAAACCUGCUGCUAACUGGACAUCUGUACCCCGGCUCUCUUAUAAGGUAAAACAAAUGAAAGUGAUGCCUACCUGUGUUACGGUAAUCUCUGUCGAGCCUUUUUGCGCAUGGGAUAAGUGACAACAUCAAGCCCUGCACCAGAACCUUCCAGUGGAAAAGAAAAGAGGGCUACAUGGCCAAAGCGGAAAAUACGAUAAUAUUUUUUGUUAAAUAGCUGGCUGGAAAUUUCUUCCCAACAGAGCGCGCUCUCAUUGGUUACUUCGAGGUCACAUGACAUCUCACACUGAAACUGUUUCCCGCCAAAAUCUCAGAGCGGAGUGAGCUGGCAACAUUGCAAAAUCUAUGACGUCAGAGGGUAAUAGUACACUGUUACCCGCGAAUGUCGACCGAAGCAAAGUAUUAAAAUACUACGGUCAAUACCCAGGGGUGAUGUAAGGGUCCCAGGAGGGAAAACGUGCUACUUUAUGGGGCCCGCGCGCCCAUUUCGUAGCAAAACAUACCAAUGAAAAUAGUUUAAAAAUUUGUCAUUGUUUAAUGUUACGCCAAACACUUUGCCUUUAAGAGUGCACUUCUUAUGUUCCUUUACUUUUUUUAAGGUUUCAACGCUGCGCAAAGUACGAAGACAGCACUGCUUGUCACUCAUCGUUCUUGGAAUUUUCCUACACCGUCUGGAAUUUGACAAGAACUGGUCUUUUUGUCGUUAUGUGUUGGACUCUAGACUGUCACGCCUGGAUUCCACCACGGCGUGACUUCACAAGUAUCGUUGAAAGAUGCCUGGCGUUACACAACAAGACGUACUCACAGCUUUUGCUCUGUGCGGCGGGCCUUCCAUUGCUGAUGAAUGGACAUUGUCUGUCACAGACGGUUCACAAUAUACUCUGCACUGCAAGCCUGUUACUUUUUAUGGUCACCUUGAACGGGUAUCACAGCCGUACCGCGCUUAUGACGUAUUGCGCGUUAUGUUGCGUAGCAAUGAACGUUCAGAGCCUCUUGGUUGCAGUUUUCAAUAUCUAUAGGAACUUACAGACUCAAAAGAACGGCUACAUGGCAACUCUGUUGUAUAUUAUGCAACUUUACUUGACGUUUUUGGUGAUAAUGGAUAGUUGCACUCGGGUGAUGAGCAAAGUGAAGAACCCGAAACAAGAUAUCUUGGGAGAAGACGGCUAA